CCCAACUUUAACUUUCUAGAAAAUCAAGUCCCUAUAUAUACUCUUGAAGCAACAUUCUUGGAUUACCUAAACUACCAAAUUUUCAAUAAAAAUUGAGUCUUUAGAUUUCCUCUGAUUGAAUUCCAAAAAUCCCAACUUUAUUUUCUUGAAAAAAUUAUUUGGUUCUGAUUCUUUCUGAAUUCUCAAAAAGAUGCCACCUUUUGCUGGAUCUAAUCCUCUUUCUUAUAAUUUUUCAAGAAACUCCAUUGAUUCAGCUUCAAAUAUUAUCACCAUUGAUGUUGGAGGUCAGCUUUUUCAAACAACCAAACAGACCUUAAAGCAAUCAGGUUCAAAAUCCCUUCUUUCUGAAAUUACCAAUUUUAAUGAUGGUGUCAUUCCUUUUAUUGAUAGAGACCCAGAAAUUUUCUCUAUUUUACUUUCCCUUUUAAGAACUGGAAAUUUACCCUCAAAAGCUAAAACCUUUGAUAUUCAAGAUUUGAUUUUUGAAUCUCAGUUCUAUGGUGUAGAACAUCUUUUGUUAAAUUCUCAAUCAAACCCAUCUCAGUUUGAGCCUUUUGAUCUUGAAAAAUCUGUUAUUUUGCCUUUAAGUGGUAGAGAUUCACCUACAGCUAUUUCCACAACACAACUUGGUUCAGUUCAAGUUGCUCAUGGUUGUAAAAUUACUUCAUUUGAUUGGUCACUUAAGAGAAAAUCAACUAUUUUGACUCAAUUUGCUGGAAUUGAUUCUAUGUUAUCUUUGUCCCCUAGUAUUGUUGCAGCUGGUGCUACUGAUUUUUCAGGAUUACAAAUUAUUGAUGUUAGUAAAGGGUUUGUUAAGGAGACAUUAAAUUGGGAAAAUGCGACUAAAUCUGGUUCAACAGUACAAGCAAUAGGAUCCUCAAAAGAUUUCUUGUUUACUAGUUUUGAAUCAAGUAGGAGAAAUUCUAACUGCAUUAUGAUAUAUGAUCUUAAUGAUAGUUUUAGGCCUGUUGCUGAGAUUGGACAUUAUGAAAUCUUUGGUGCUGAAUUGGAUUCAGCAAUUCCAGCUACUAAAUUGAGUUGGAUUUCUAGUCAUAACUUGUUGAUGGCGUCUGGAUCGCAUAGUGGACCUUCUGGUGUAAGGGGGAAUAUUAGAUUUUGGGAUAUAAGGUCAGGAAAUGUAGUGUGGGAGAUAAAGGAAAAUGUUGAUUGUUUCUCUGAUUGUACAGUUUCGGAUGAUCUUUCCGCCAUUUUGAAAGUUGGCGUACAUUCGGGUGAAGUUUUCAUUUCUGAUUUGAGGAAUAUUGGUGGUGAGAAUUCUUGGACUUGUCUUGGUGAUCAAAGAAAGGUAACAAAUGGUAAAAAAGAAGGUUUUGGUUGUAAGAUUGAGAGUCAUGGAAAUCAAGUAUUUUGUAGUAAAGGAGGAAAUCUUGAAUUAUGGUCAGAGGUUUUGAUUGGUAAUUCUAUAAAAGAUAGAGUUUUUAGGAAAAAUUCAAUGGGAAGAGCAAAAGAUAUUUGUGGUAAUAAGAUAACACACUUCAGUUUUGGAGGGAACAAAAUGUUUGUUACAAGAAAAGAUCAGCAAUAUGUUGAAGUUUGGCAGAGUUCAGUAAGGGGAUUCUAGUUUUUACAAGCUUUGGCUUUCGUUUCGUUCUUCUUCUGUACUGUCGCUUGAAUGAAGACACCUGAUCGGCCUGACUCUAAUAGAAAGAAAGGGUAGGCGCGGUAACUUUUACACCAAUUUUCAAGUGGAUGAGAUCGGUCGAGUGUUUUCAGUUGGUGGAAGAGUAGGUUAGCUGGAAUCUUUUUACUUAGUAACUACCUUGUUUUCAAUUUCUGAUUCUUAUUUAUUUAUCUGUAAAUACUUUCUUUAGUUCAUUGCAAAAACUGUAUGUAUAUGAAGUGAGUGGAAUAUCAAACUUUAAUUUGCUGUUUGUUCCCA